AUGGCUUCAUUAAUUGUCCUCCUAAUCUCCAUUCUAUUACCUCUUUCUGUCGUGCUCGGAGACGCUGACUUGAUCCAGAAAGUUUGCCAGAAGACACAGUAUCCCGAUCUAUGCACAUCGACAUUAAACUCCUACAGGGGUAGCCAACUUACAGAUGUAAGACGUCUAGCCACUAUCUUGAUUAAUACUGGCUCCGCUAAUGCUGCAGACACAUCCAGAUUCAUACUCGCCGAGCUUGUUAAAACUGUUUCCGAUCCAGCAGCAGUUAAAGUAUUUAAGAGAUGCAGCGAAGAUUACAAAGAAGCGAAGACUUCUCUGGACGGAUCAGUUCCGUUUCUGAGUUCCUGGGACUACGACUUGGCAUCGAUUGCAGUUAAUGCUGGCCGGGAUUAUGCUGAUAGGUGCCAUGACUCGUUUACUUUCUUCAGUCCUCCAUUAUCUUAUCCUGAUGCAUUGGAGCAAAGAGAAGUCAGAUUUGUGGAGUUGGUUGCUGUUGCUGCUGAUAUCAUCAAACAGCUUGUGAAUAUUAAUUAA